AUGAGGUCUUUUAUUUCCUUCCUCGUGCUCAUUAGCAGUGUGGCGGCCGUCCCUUCAAAGUCCUGUUCAACCCCCACGUCGCUUCCCACCGUCGACCUCGGAUAUGAGAUUCACCAGGCCAUUUCUUUCAACGUAGAAACUGGCCACUACAACAAUUUCUCCAACACUCGAUAUGCCAGACUUCCCACUGGCGAGCUCCGGUUCGCUGCUCCCCAGCCUCCAGUGAAGGACCGCAAAACCGUUCAGAAGGGUGAUAUCGCGGAGCAUUUGGCCUCUUGUCUGGCCCUAAUUUUUGACAGGUCUGUCAAGAUCACGACUGCGUUUAACCACAACGAGACCGAGUAUUUCACCAGCCAGGAUAACGUGAACAAUACCGUCUUUGUCGACAACCUCAAGACCAUUUUCCCAGAUGCUCAGAGCCCAGUCAUCGACUACAUCUCCAAGGAGCUUUACCCACCCUCCUUUGACGGAAGCCAGCCAUACAAGGACUUCUUCACCCGCGCCAAGAUGUCCCUAGCUGACGCUGGUUUCACUCGAAGUAUUCCAUACCUUUACAACGGACCGAGCGAAGUGGUUCCUGAUUCUGCAAGCCCUCUUGCUUUGAUGCUUCAGCGAUAUCUCGUGCCAUUUGCCCUCACUGGUGAGCCAAACACCCAGGCCGAGCUUGAUAUGCCAGUGUAUGGUUCAAAGGGCGAGUUGCUUGAGUUCACCAAUAGUGGCGUUGAUAUUAUUUCUGACCCUAACAACAACAAGAGGUGUGAAUGGUGGCAAAGGGCACUAUACUUUUGA